AUGUCUGGAAGAGGAAAGAGUGGUGAGAAAGCUCGCUCCAAGGCGAAGUCCCAGGCUGGCCUGCAGUUCCUGGUGGGCCAUGUUCACAGGCUCUUGAAAAAGGAUAAAUACGCUGAGCAUGUAGGUGCCGGAGCGCUGGUCUAUCUGGCUGCGGUGCUUGAGUGUGUGACAGCUGAGGUCCUCGAGCUGGCUGGUAGCACAGCCCGCGCCAACCAGAAGACCUGCAUCAUCCCCAGUCACCUCCAGCUGGAUGUGUGCAACGACAAGGAGCAUAACAAGCUGCUGGGAGAGGUGACCAAUACUCAGGGCUGUGUGCUGCCUAAUAUCCAGGUCAUGCUGCUGCCCAAGAAAACUGCCAUUGGGGUCGCUCCUAAAAAGUGA